AUGCCAAUGAGCUGCUGCAAGCUGCUGAAGCUUUACAGGGGAACUAACGAAGAGGCAGUAGCAAAAAGGUACGAGGUGGCCCAGGAAACUAGAGACGGGCCAUCCGACUCUGGAAGAGAGAAGGAAGGUAGCAACUUGAUGAAUCUGCGAGUCCUUCCGUGUAGUGUGGCCCUACCAGUAACUCAGACAGGGGCGCCGCACGCCUCUGGGCAGGCAGCGAGCUACUCCGGGAACCUCGGCGUCCAGUGCCCAGAACGCGGCGCCGCUCUGCGCCUGCGCGGGCGACCACGCCGCACCACUCGGCGGCACAGCGGGCAGCGGCCCGCCGACUCCGAAGGCGCUCAGUCGGUGCCCGCGCCGCGCCCCGCCACAACCGGUCACUCCGCGCCGCUGCCGACGCCACCCCCGACGCCGACGCCGCCGCCGACGCCUGCUGUGGCCGCCGUCAUGGACGCGUGCGUCGUCAAGUGA